AUGACAUUGACUCGGAGUAAUCUUUGUGAAGAAAUCAGUAAGUUCAGAACUAGUUUCGAAAAACUACGCACUGAAAUCAAUGCAAAAUUGAGCGAAUGCAAUAAUUACAUCGGAUUGGCUGAGAAACUCUGUCGACAAGCUACACAAAUGACCAACAAUCGAGAAGACAAAUUGGCCAAUCUGUCAAACGAAGAAAAAGAAUGGGAAGAAAUCGAUGUCGAACUUGCAACAAUGUCGGUCACACGGAAAGUUAAACUUGAUGUCGGAGGCGAUAUAUAUGCAACAAGUGUCGAGGUUUUGACACGUGAAAAGGACACUUUCUUCACGGCACUCUUCUCCAAACAAUGGGAACUUCAAUGCGAUCCAAUUGACACAAGUAUUUUCAUCGAUCGUGAUGGAAAACUAUUCGCUCAUAUUCUUGCUUAUAUGAGAACGGAUCAAGUUCCCGAUGAUACAAUGAAAAAUGAAUUACUUCGACGCAGUCUCAUCAUCGAAGCCGAAUACUUUCGUUUACAUGAUCUUCUGAAAAUUCUGACGAUUUUUCCGAAUGGCACAUUACUUGAACGUGAACAAAAGAUGAAACUGAACGAAUUCUAUGGCAAUCGUGAUCAACGAUGGCAACUCAUCUACAAAGCAUCACGUGAUGGAUUCGAUACAAAUGCAUUUCAUUCACGCUGCGAUAACAAAGGACCGACAAUGACUAUUGUUCGAUCGAACAACAAUUAUCUAUUUGGUGGUUACACAUCUGUCGACUGGACUUCGUCUGCUGGUAUUGGCUAUAAAAAUGAUACUACUGCAUUCUUGUUCACUUUGACUAAUCCUCACAAUAUUCCACCUACCAAAUAUCAGAUCGAUCCGACGAAGGCAGCAACAGCCGUUUGGUAUGGCAGUGGCUGUGGACCCUGGUUUGGUGAAUACGAUCUUGGCUUGGUAGCCAACAGUAACUCGAACAACAGCAGCUACACUCAAUUUCCUAGUUCAUACAUUGAUACAAGUGGAAAGGGGAACAACACCUUCACUGGAGCUCGAAACUUCAUCACAUCCGACAUCGAAGUAUUUCAACUAGCUUGA